AUGUCGCUCGCAGACGAAUUCGCCGCGUUCGCGCGCGCGUACCCAUACGCGUUACCGAAGUGUCCUGAACCUGAGCCUCAGCCGAUGAACGACCCCACCCUCUUCCAAUUCGACGACUUCAUGGAUGUCUCUCCCAUCGAUUCUUCGCCACUGCAGCAGUACGACCCCCAACCCAUCUACUCCUUCAUGGAGUUCCUGCGUACCGCCAACUCAGAGCUCUACGAGCCCACUUCAACCGACAACGCGUCUGUCUCUGUAGCUCAGCCUCAGCCAACGCCGGAAGACCCUGUCCUAGACGCCGACUUCUGGAACUCGCUAAUGGACGCGGACCCCGCUCUCUUCGAGCCCUCCGCGGUGGAGGAUCUCCUGCGGAAGAGCUUUGAGGACUUUGGCCAGGAUUUCUGGGGGAUGCCGUACGAAGAGUUCAAGGCGAAGAUGGAGGAGUCGCAGGCGCAGCUCGAGUGCUCGUGGUUGCCGCCGGAUAUGACGCUUCCACACGCACAUCCGUCGUACCUCACCGCCUUUAAUGACCGCUCCAUGACCGUUCCGCUCAUUACCGCCUUGUCACUCCUUCCUCCUUUCAUCCAUCUACCCAUUCUUUCAUCUACUCUCGCCAUUCAUCUCCAUCUAUCCACCCUUCAUCUCAUCUCUCCCUUUACACGCAAUCCUGUAGCACCAGCCAUCAAUCCCACAUCUUCCUUCUACACCCCCAACCCAAGCAUACCCCUUGUAUCGUGUAUCUCAGACCCCAUCGUGUAG